CAGACCUGCUACAGUUUCAACUAACGGGAUGUGAAGAGGAACUGGUGCAAUCCAGGUUUUACACCCGUAAAUAAUAAGAAACAUUCAACACCAUAUGAACAAAUGGAUGAGACUGGCUAUGAUAAGUUCCAGCAGAAGGCUCUGAAGCAAACUAAGCAGAAGAAAUCCAAGUCGGCUGAAUUUCUGAUGGGGGAAGAAGAGCGAGCCGCAGCAGAAGGCAUUGAAAAUCCUGCUUUUAACAUCAGCAAGAUAGACCUUUCAGCUUAUCAGGCUUCAGAAGGAAAAGAAAUUAAACAUGACAGGCAAGAUAGCAGCCUUGCAGCUCACCAACAAAAAAACGGGCUGCAAGCCCGUGCUGAACCAAGAGGAAAUGAACGCAGACAAAAUUACUUUGACCCACCGAUGGAUGAGAAAAUAAACCCAAGGCAGUGUGGGAUGGAGGUCAGCACAGAAGAUGAGUUGGAAUUAAGGUCAGUGAGAGAGGAUGAAAGAGAGUUCUAUAAAAAGCUGUCAAAGUUUUUUGAAGAAGAAGAUACAACAGUCAUAGACCUACCUGGUAUGAUUACAGAAGAGGUAAGAGCAGGUCCAGGAGUUCAGAAAUGCUCUGGAGUUUUCCCUGGUAUUGCAAGCCUGCGGCAGGAGGUUGAAGAUGAGGUGAUUCCUCAUUAUGUUGAGCAGUUCGAGAAAUGUGUGCAGGGUGACAUGAUCGCAGUUGGCAGCCUUUCACUGGAACAGGAAAUUGAUUUACAAGGGGAUCUUAACCAGCAGAAAAUAAGUAUAUUACAUGAUAAACUUUCUGUGGGUUUCCAAAGUGGAGAAAGCCAGUUGUUGAAAAAACACCAAGGUGACGUGAUUGCCAACUAUGGUGAACUUACUGAAACCAAGCCUAGGUCUGACAGAAUGCGAGGAAAGAAGUGGAAGGUUGAGUGGAGUAAAAGACCACAGCCUGUUGAAAUCCUGCUAUGGUGCCUUCGGGGUGUUAAAGACAAACUGCCUCAAGGAAGCGUCACCCUCAAGGUCUCACUUUACAACCGACUUGGAGGCUAUGCCCUUUACUGGUCCAAAGUAAAAGAACAACUCUGGGCUGGGACAACACAGCCAGUCCAACACAACGGGAACUUUUACAAUUUGGAGCUUCAGGUCAACCAGAGUGUGUACACUGUAAGCACAAGCUGUUUCACAUAAGUAAAAUCAUCAAGUAAUGGACACAUUUUGAUAAAUAUGUUUGUAUUCAAGAGGGGAAUGACAGGAUGUGAUGUGUGGUUCUGUGAUUCAUUCGAUAAGAUUCACUUUA